AUGGAUAAAAUACCGCGUACUCAUGAAGCCAUCGAGGCCCAAAUAAAAGAAAUACAAUCGAAGAAAAAGGAGCUGCCUGAAAAUGGUUCAGGCAAGGGUGUUUCUCUGGGUGAUGCCUUCUAUGACAGUGACAUUUAUGACAAUUCUGGCCAAGGAGGGAAAUCCAGAUACGAUGGCUACGUGACUUCUAUUGCCGCUAAUGAUGAAGUGGAGGACGAGGAUGUUGAGAAUGUACCAAUAUCACAGAAGAGACCUGGCUAUACUGCUCCCGCUUCUUUAUUAAACGACAUUGCUCAGAGUGAUAAAGAUUAUGAUCCGUUUGCUGAUAAACGAAGACCUACUAUUGCAGACAGAGAAGAUGAGUAUCGCCAAAAAAGGCGUAGGAUGAUUAUAUCACCAGAACGUUCCGAUCCUUUCGCUGAAGGUGGAAAGACACCAGAUGUUGGUUCUAGGACAUAUACAGAAAUUAUGAAAGAACAGUAUUUGCGAGCUGAAGAAACAGAGUUACGGAAAAAGCUCCUGGAAAGAGCAAGAGAAGGCACACUCAAGGCAGUAUCGCAGUCAAAUGGUGAGGCAACAAAACCAGCAGCAAAACGUAAAGGUCGCUGGGACCAGAGCUCAGAGGAUACACCGUCUGUGAAAAAACCUGUGGUUCAAGCUACACCAAGCUCUCAGGCUACGCCAUCCUGGGAAAAUGAGCGAGGUGCAUGGGAAGAGACACCGAGUGCGGGUGGCCGUGGCGGUGAGACACCUGGCGCGACGCCGUCUGCACGUGUGUGGGACGCCACGCCAGCUCAUCUUACACCGGGGCAUGCUACACCCGGUCGUGAGACGCCCGCCCACCAUGCCUCCAGGCGGAACCGGUGGGAUGAGACACCCAAAACUGAUAGAGAAACGCCUGGACAUGCCAGCGGUUGGGCCGAAACUCCUCGCACUGAUCGCGGCGUAGGUGUUGAUACUAUACAAGAGACACCCACGCCGGGUACUAAGAGACGAUCGCGCUGGGAUGAGACUCCUGGCGCCACUCCGGCCGCAGCGACACCCACACCCUCACACGCGACACCCUCACACGCCACACCCUCACAUGCUACACCCUCCAUGGGAACACCUACACCUCAUACGCCAAUGUUUACUCCAGGCGGUUCAACACCGGUGGGCGUUAAAGCAAUGGCAAUGGCGACCCCUACGCCGGGCCACAUUGCAGCUAUGACGCCAGAACAGUUGCAAGCGUAUCGCUGGGAGAAAGAAAUUGAUGAACGAAAUAGACCGUACACUGAUGAAGAACUGGAUGCCAUGUUCCCACCUGGGUACAAGGUUUUGCCUCCACCGGCCGGUUAUGUUCCUAUUCGGACCCCGGCUCGUAAGCUGACCGCGACGCCCACACCUUUGGCUGGUACCCCAAUCGGCUUUUUCAUGCAGACGGAGGAAGUGGGCGGGAGUGCUGCAGCGGCGGCGCGGCUGCUCGACCCGCAGCCCAAGGGCAGUCAGCAGCUGCCGUUCAUGAAGCCCGAGGACGCUCAGUACUUCGACAAACUCCUUAUCGACGUGGACGAAGAAACACUGUCUCCCGAGGAACUUAAAGAGAGAAAGAUCAUGAAGCUGCUGCUUAAGAUUAAGAAUGGAACACCACCUAUGUGCAAAGCAGCUCUUCGUCAGAUCACAGACAAAGCUCGAGAUUUCGGCGCUGGACCGCUCUUUAAUCAAAUCCUACCGUUAUUGAUGAGUCCUACACUCGAAGAUCAAGAACGUCAUCUUUUAGUAAAAGUUAUAGACCGAAUUCUUUACAAAUUAGAUGAUUUGGUCCGCCCAUAUGUACACAAAAUUUUGGUCGUUAUAGAACCUCUGCUUAUUGAUGAAGAUUACUACGCCCGUGUCGAGGGUCGAGAGAUCAUAUCCAAUUUGGCAAAAGCGGCUGGUUUAGCCACAAUGAUUUCUACAAUGAGACCAGAUAUUGAUAAUAUAGAUGAAUAUGUUCGUAACACCACUGCCAGGGCCUUCGCUGUUGUUGCAUCUGCUUUAGGUAUUCCGUCUCUAUUGCCGUUUUUAAAGGCCGUGUGCAGAUCGAAGAAGUCAUGGCAAGCUCGGCACACCGGUAUCAAGAUCGUGCAACAAAUCGCUAUUCUAAUGGGAUGUGCUAUAUUGCCACAUCUGAAGUCGCUCGUGGAAAUCAUUGAACAUGGCUUGGUCGACGAACAACAAAAAGUUAGAACGAUCACGGCGUUGGCGAGCGCCGCUUUAGCCGAGGCAGCCACGCCGUACGGUAUCGAAUCCUUUGACUCCGUGUUAAAACCAUUAUGGAAAGGUAUCAGAACUCAUCGCGGUAAGGGUCUAGCUGCCUUCCUUAAGGCUAUCGGCUACCUCAUACCUCUCAUGGACGCCGAAUAUGCGAACUAUUACACCCGUGAGGUGAUGCUUAUAUUGAUCCGUGAGUUCCAGUCGCCAGACGAGGAAAUGAAAAAGAUUGUAUUGAAGGUGGUAAAGCAGUGUUGUGGAACAGAUGGUGUUGAACCUCAGUAUAUUAUGGAUGAAAUCCUACCUCACUUCUUCAAACAUUUCUGGAAUCACAGAAUGGCUUUGGACCGUCGCAACUAUCGCCAACUUGUCGAUACAACGGUCGAAAUAGCUAACAAGGUUGGGGCGUCGGAAAUAAUAAACAGAAUCGUAGACGACCUCAAGGAUGACAACGAACAGUAUAGGAAAAUGGUUAUGGAGUCCAUUGAAAAAAUUCUAGCCAAUUUGGGCGCAGCUGAUAUAGAUUCUAAGCUUGAGGAAGCUUUGAUUGACGGCAUUCUAUACGCGUUCCAAGAACAGACCACCGAGGACGUGGUGAUGUUGAAUGGAUUUGGUACGAUAGUGAAUCAGCUUGGUAAACGAGUCAAGCCUUAUUUACCUCAAAUCUGUGGUAUAAUUCUGUGGCGUAUGAACAACAAGUCAGCGAAGGUGCGACAGCAAGCUGCCGAUCUUAUUUCUCGUAUCGCCGUAGUCAUGAAAACUUGUCAGGAGGAAAAACUUAUGGGGCAUCUCGGUGUAGUGCUGUAUGAAUAUCUCGGGGAGGAAUAUCCUGAAGUACUCGGUUCUAUUCUAGGUGCCUUAAAGGCUAUAGUGAAUGUGAUCGGUAUGACCAAAAUGACACCACCCAUCAAGGAUUUACUUCCUAGAUUAACGCCAAUCCUCAAGAACAGACAUGAAAAAGUGCAAGAAAAUUGCAUUGAUCUGGUCGGACGUAUUGCAGACAGGGGUCCCGAAUUCGUGUCAGCGAGAGAGUGGAUGAGGAUUUGCUUUGAACUGCUGGAAUUGCUCAAAGCACACAAGAAAGCUAUCAGGAGAGCCACAGUCAAUACAUUUGGUUACAUCGCUAAAGCUAUCGGUCCGCAUGACGUACUGGCCACACUGCUCAAUAAUCUAAAAGUUCAAGAGAGACAGAACAGAGUGUGCACAACAGUUGCAAUUGCCAUUGUAGCUGAGACAUGUUCUCCGUUCACAGUUUUGCCAGCGUUGAUGAAUGAGUACAGAGUUCCAGAAUUAAAUGUACAGAAUGGUGUUUUGAAAUCAUUGUCAUUUUUGUUUGAGUACAUCGGAGAAAUGGGUAAAGAUUAUAUAUAUGCUGUGUGCCCAUUGUUAGAGGACGCACUUAUGGACAGAGAUUUGGUGCAUCGACAAACUGCUUGUGCCGCUAUAAAACACAUGGCAUUGGGCGUGUACGGUUUCGGAUGUGAAGAUGCUCUAAUACAUUUGUUGAACCAUGUUUGGCCGAAUAUAUUUGAAACAUCGCCGCAUCUUGUACAAGCUUUUAUGGACGCGGUUGAGGGCAUGAGAGUGGCACUUGGCCCAAUAAAAAUACUCCAAUAUGCAUUACAGGGCUUAUUCCAUCCAGCUAGAAAAGUCCGUGAUGUGUACUGGAAGAUAUAUAACACAUUGUACAUCGGAGGCCAAGACGCACUGGUCGCUGGUUACCCACGAAUACAAAAUGAUCCUAAUAAUCAUUUUGUCAGAUAUGAACUAGAUUAUUUGUUGUAG